AUGAGGUCUCUGCUUCAACUAAGCCGCCGACUCUCGAGUCUUUCUUCUCCGAGGAACCCACCUGCGCCUCUACUCGGUGGUGGUGUACGAUUCUUGUCGGAAACCCCUCUCUGCAAAAUCUUGCGCGCUCAACCUUGUGGAUCUACGGCGAGGGAUGGGGAGAUGGGCAGACUCGUGAUUGCCGAAUAUAGGGAACCUUGUUGGGAGACCAAUGCUCUGGACAAGAAGGUGCCCAUGAGUCUGAUGACGGAAACGGGAACGGUAGGAGCAUCGCAUGGCUGGGUGGCUACUUUGAAAGACGGCGUCGUGUCUCUUCAAGACGAUCUCAUCCCGACUGCUUCGGAUUCAGAGCCCAAGCGGAUCUCGCUGCCUCCUCUCCAGACGCUGCCUCACUGCCAGACGCAGCUGGUGACGAACGUGGCCAUGUCGUCCGCUUCUCCCGACGAGGACGAAGAUUGCAUUCUCGCCGUCAAGUUCGUGGGGCCUCAGCUCAGCUUAUGCAGGCCUGCCCUCGGAGACAAGGUCGAGUGGCUCAACGUCAGAGUCAAAGAUCCAGGCUUCUUCUCCUCCCGGGUCAUGCAUUCCAAGAGAGACAACAUGUUCUCCAUGCCCGGCGCCGGAGGCAUGAUGACAGGAUAUUGGGAUCUUGAAAAAUACACGUUGCGUGACCGCUACUUCACACCACACCCAGAGCUUUUUCAGUCGGAGUGGGAUCGGUUGUGUAGGUGUUGCAGAAGCGAACACAUGGUGGAGUCGCCCACGGGUGAAACUUACUUUGUCAAGUGGUACACACGACGCUGCUUGCGUAGUAGGGGGAUGGCGCUUACGGAGCGCUUCUUGGUGUUCAAAAUGUUAGGAAAGGAAACGACUCAACACACUUCAGACAUUGGAGACCUCUGUAUUUUUCUCUCCUCCAAAGGUGAGCCUUUCUGUCUCCAGGCUAGCUUGUAUGGCCUCCCAAGAAACUGCAUCUAUUACGUCGGCAGCGAUGACUUCGGAAAAGUCAACAUCGCCGAUAAUGUUAUGGUUAAGGAAAUGACAAGCUCACCUGCGCCUUACUUCAUUCCACCGCAACCCUAG